GAUGAAAAACUGGUCCGCUCGCCGAAGGGAACCCGGAAGUGGGGCGCGGCAAGUAAAGGUGCCGGAUCCUCUGGCUGUGGUUGAGGUGGGGUCUAGCUGGGCUCGGCCCCCGCCCAGGACCGGACUGAGGAGCCACCACCCAGACGGAGCGGGGGUAUCAGGACCCAGCAGAUCGAGACAGCAGAUGGCUAGGAACGCGCCUGAGGGCACAGGUCCCAUGCACGUGCCUUUUGGGCAUAUUGUGGCCAACACGAAAUGGCGCGGAUCGAAGCUCCUGCAGGGGAUGCAAGGGAAAAUUAAAAUCGUUUUUGAGGAUGGCCUGACACCGGUAGAUUUUUACGUGUCAAGCAGAUCUUGCAUUCUUUAUGUCACCGAAGCUGAUUUGGUGGCAGGAAAUGGCUACAGAAAGAGGCUUGUUCAGGUUAGAAACUCCAGUAAUCUUCAAGGGAUCGUGAUAGUUGAAAAAACGCAGAUGAGUGAACAGUACUUCUUGGCCAUACAGAAGUUUACUGUGCUGGACCUUGGGAUGGUGUUGCUUCCAGUGACCAGCCAGAUGGAAGCGUCCUGCCUUAUUAUCCAGUUAGUUCAAGAACAAACCAAAGAGCCCAGUAAGAACCCUUUCCUCAGUAAGAAACGGACUCUGAUGCCUGAGCUAUCCCUCCUUCGAACUGUGCAGCAGAUCCCAGGAGUUGGAAAAGUUAAAGCCCCUCUUCUGCUUCAGAAGUUCCCAAGUAUCCAGCAACUCAGUAAUGCUUCCAUCAGAGAACUGGAGCCAGUGGUUGGACAGGCAGUGGCACAGCACAUUCAUGCCUUCUUCACACAGCCCAGGUGACGGCUCUUCCCGCAGCCAGGAGCUACAGCAUCUUGUUUUCUUUGCAUAUUUAAAAAUUGAGAACAAAGAAAUCUCCUUUCACUGCAACUAAUGAAAGAUGAGGUGAGGCCUGAAUGGAAGCUGCCAGUUGCCCUGCCCUGUUCUCUGGGUUCAGGCGUUUAAGAGAGUGGAGUUAGUGGGCUCUAGGUAGCCCGGCUCUCAUCCUGCUAGUGAAAGACGGCCCAUUGGGGGGCACCUGGCUGGCUCACGGGUAGAGCAUGCCAAUCCUGAUCUCAGGGUUGUGAGUUCGAGUCCCAUGUUGGAUGUAGAGAGUACUUGAAAAUAAAGUCUUUAAAAGAGAGAGAGAGAGAGCCCAUGGGGAUCUUCCUAAAAGAGUUUAAAUUGGGACUCUCAAAUUCAGCAAAAAGCCAGCCUGGGCAGAUUUUAACAUAUGACCUUGACCUUGUCUAGCAUGGAAAAGUCUAAUCAAGUUUCAGAAGGUAGAAGUGACCUUCUAAAGGAAACAAAGCUACAAUGAAGCACUAUGCUGUGUACCAUAAGCCUCUUGUUCCUGGUGACAGGCCCAGUGUUCUUCCAGUCUAGUCUUAAUAUCACUAUGUUUUGAGGGUGCUGCCAGUGUAAACAAACAGUUGUACUGCC